GCUCCGCGCCUCGGCAGGAAGUUGGGGUGGCACCCGGCAGCAUUUUGGGCUGCAGAGGGGGUGAGGGGGUGCAGGCUCGGCCCCCCCCCGCUCGGCACAUCCGCUGCACGGGGCAGGAAGUUGGGGGGGGCUCCCCCAUCUCGGAGCGCACCGGCGGCAUUGGGACCCGCUCUGGCUGCACCCCGCUGAUGGCCGCCCCGCGAUGGCACCCGCUGCUGCUGCCGCUGCUGCUGGCACUGCUGGCGGCGCCGGCGGCGGCCGGGGACCCCGCGGUGGCCCGCAAGGACCGGACGGUGGCCGCGCUGCUGGGGCUGCUGCUGUGCCUGGUGCUGGGGCUGGCGCUGGCCUGGCACCACCUGUGCCGCCUCUCGGCCGGCCGCUACCACCCCCGGCCCCUGGGCCGCCGGGCACUGCAGCUGCUGCAGAGACAGUGGCACCGGCUGCGCUCGCCGGGGGACCCCGGGGACAGCUACGGGGACAGCCACAGCGACGUGGCCGUGCGGGACGAGGAUGAGGAGCUGAUGCCAUGGAGCCUGGAGCGGCGGCCGCAGCAAGAGGAGGAGGAGGAGGAGGAGGAUGAGCAGGAGGAGGAUGAGCAGGAGGAGGAUGAGAAGGAGGAGGAUGAGGAUGAGGCUGAGGCAGCGCCGGAGGGCGGGCAGAGCCCCCUAAGCGAGGGGCAGGCGGCGGGGGGCAGCGCCGAGGCCCUGCUCAGUGACCUGCACGCCUUCUCGGGGACAGCGGCAUGGGGGGACGCACGGCCACACGUCACCGCCUUGUGACAUCACCGGCCUGAUGUCACCACCCUUUGAUGUCAUCUCCCUGUAGUGUCACCUCCCUGUAGUGUCACUCCUUGUAAUGUCACCUCCCUGUUAUAUCACCCCCCUGUAGUGUCACUCCCUGUAAUGUCAUCGCCCUGUAGUGUCACCUCCGUGGAAUGUCACCACCCUGUAUUGUCACCUCCCUGUAGUGCCACAGCCCUGCCUGCAAAGGGACCCCUUCUCUGUCCCCUGCCAGCCCCCACCCGAGACUCCUGAUUGGCUGCAGGGGCCUUGUCCGAAUUUGCACUGACCAAUAAAAGAGCA